CAAACACUUAUAUAUGUGAAGCCAGGAAAUUCGGACAAAGAAUCCGCAACAGUGGUUUUAGACAGCAAUGAUACUUUUAUCAAGCAAAAGAGGAUACAUUUAGUACAUAUAUGCUUGGUUUCUUUCACAAAACGUUGGUUUCUGCUGCUUCUGCAUACUAUCAAUAUUGACGGAAACUCGAACAGAUUGAUGACCACUUUGCUAAAGUGAGAUUUUCGGGUCCAUAACCAAACAAGCAGGAAGGAUCAAGAUCACACUAAAGAAAGAAAUCAACCACCUCAACAAGCAGAAUCUUUAGAUAACAAGGGGCAACACCGGUUCCCAAGGCAGUGCGGGGAAAAUGAGUCAUUAUUCUGAUGCACAAGAUGUCGAGUUUUCAACUGCAGUUGCAGCAGCUGCAUUUGCUAUUCACUCCAAUGAAGAAGCUAGAUUACAGUAUCAAAAAGGGAUGAGGAAAAGCCUUCAGAUCUCAAGGACGAAGACUUUGCAGGAUGCCAUGGCCGGGCGGCCAAGUUCUGGUGAAGUGAAUAGGCGAUUAUCAAACAAAGAAGCAAAGAAUGCUGGUGAAGCUUCAAUGAGAAAGCCAGUGGGGCAGGAUCAAAGAACAUUGGAGAGUGCUUUUCCAUCUAGGUAUCCGAAUCGCGCAUCCUCUACAAGGCCUUCAACUCCUGCAGAUGGAUACCAAAACCGAAGGGGAAGUUCAACAAGACAUAAUACUCUGGAAACUGAAGCAGAUGCUUGGGAGAAAGCUCAGAUUAAGAAGAUCCAGAAGCGGUAUGAGAAGGUGAAAUCUGCAAUUCUUGCUUGGGAAAAUGAGAAGAAGAUGCAAGCAAAAAUUAAGAUGGAGAAGAGAAAGAGUGAAUUGGAGCAGAGAAGAGCAAGCAACAUGCAACAUUACCAAAUCAAGCAAACAAGAAUUGACCAGAUAGCAGGAGGAGCAAGGGCACAAAUGGAAGAGAAAAGAAGAAAUGAAGAGUCCAAGGUGAGAGAAAAGGUUAAAAGGAUUAGAUCAAAAGGCAAAGUUCCUGUUAAAUGUUUCUGCUUCACUUGCUAUUAGGAAGGGAAUCACUUGGACUUGAGAAACUCUGUCUUGGAGCAACGAAGCUGCCACUGAAUCUUCUGCUGAUUAAAUCUGUACAUUAACUAUAUUAUGGCUUCCCAACAGUAUAUCCUAACUUACUUUAAUUUGUAAAUGAUGUAUAAAGAUUUCGGAUCAUGAAAGUUCGAAAAUUGUGUUGUA